AUGCAUGUUCUUCAUCAUAAUGCAUAAAUAAUAAAAAUGUUCCUUCAUUCCAUUAAAACACGAGUCAUCUGUAGAAACUAACUCUUGUAUUUCAAAAUCAAAGAUAGAAAAUAAAGUAUAAAAUGUCCAAGCUAUGAAAAUAAAAAAAAUAUUUUAUUUGGUUGUAUCCUAUGGAUAUCUGAUUUCCAAUAUGAUAUGUUAAUACAUUUUAUGAUAACUAGAAAACAAUAAAGUGUAAACCCGACCUUGUUGGUUUUUUUUUUAAUAAGAAACUCUUUUUUGUUGUUAAACUGUAUGAGAAGUAAAAAAAGAAAGAAAGAAAAAACGGAAAAUUUAACACUAAUGGAAAACCUUUAAAUUAUGAACUUUUUAAAUUUAAAAAUAAAAUACAAAAAUAAAAUAAAGCUUUUAUUUCAAAAGGUGCCGCCGGUGACGUAUUUCCGUUUGUACAGUUAGCUUGCUGCCAUCGCUACUAAACAAACAUGGCUUGGUUACUUUUUCGGAUAACGAACCUUUUGGAUACGUAGGGAAACACAGAGGGAAGUAUGCAGCUACAACUUGGGAACGUCAUCUGCAGGACACAACUGCAUAGAUGAAGAGCAGCUGGGACUUUUUAGUUGGUUUGCUCGGAAAAGCCUUUUGUGACCGCGUUUGCACCAGGUUCACACACAGCUAGCUCGAAAAUCGGCUAACUCAAGCUAGCAAAAUGGACCUUGGAACGAUGUUGUACAAUAACUUAAAGGAUGUAACGUGGAGCACGACGUCUCUGCCGCUAGACCAGCUGGUCAGUGCAUACAAGUUGCCACAAAUUGUCAUGCUGGAUAACGGUCAGUUGGUUGAGGGCCUCAGAGAAAACGACUACCUCUUAAUUCAUUCCUGCCGUCAGUGGACAACUAUUACUGCUCACAGUCUGGAGGAGGGACAUUAUGUGAUUGGGCCUAAAAUAGAGAUCCCAGUUCAUUAUGAAGGCCAGUUUAAGUUGCUGGAACAGGACAGAGACGUCAAGGAGCCCGUGCAAUACUUCAACAGUGUGGAGGAAGUGGCCAAAGCCUUCCCCGAACGAGUGUACGUCAUGGAGGAUAUCACCUUUAACGUUAAGAUGGCUUCAGGGGAAUGCAAUGAAGACACAGAAGUUUACAACAUUACACUAAGCACCGGGGAUGAGCUCACAUUAAUGGGCCAGGCGGAGAUCCUCUAUGCCAAAAGCUCCAAAGAAAAAUCACGGCUAAACACUAUUUUCAAGAAGAUCGGAAAGCUUCACUCCAUCAGCAAGAUCGGCCGGGGCAAGAUGCCGUGCUUGAUUUGCAUGAACCAUCGCACAAACGAGAGCAUCAGCCUCCCCUUUCAGUGCAAAGGCAGGUUCAGCACCUGCAGCCCCCUGGAGCUUCAGAUGCAGGACGGCGAGCACACCAUCAGAAACAUCGUGGAAAAAACCCGACUCCCCGUCAAUGUCAUCGUGCCCAGCAGUCCACCCCGGAACCAGCAUGACCUUCACCUCAUCCGGGAGGGGCACCGUUACAAGCUGGUGAACGUCCAGACAAAGACGGUGGUGGUCUGCUGCAUUCUGCGCAACAACAAAAUCAUUCCCGUCCAUUUUCCCUUCCAUAUGGCCAUGCCCAGGUUCAUCGUUCCAGAGGAGCUGUUGCAGGGGGAGCUGUGGCUGGAUACAAUGGUGCACCGCUGGUUCUCCUUCUGCCAGGAGCAGUUUGACAUAGACGAUUACUCCCGGGCCGUCCGGGAUGUGCGGACAGACUGGAGCGACGACGUAAAAAGUCCCAAGAAAAGCAGCGGGAAUGGCUGCUGCUCCGGAAGCGGUGGAGGCAACAGCGGUUCCAACGGCUGCACCAGCCACAUACAGAUCCCCAACUCACUAACGUACGCCCGAGACGAGCUCACACAGUCCUUUCAUCGGCUGUCUGUGUGCGUUUACGGCAGCAACCUACACGGAAACAGUGAAGUGAACCUACAGGGAUGCAUGACGCUGUGUGGAGAUUGGACCCUUUUACCUUCUGAUGGCCAUUACUCGGAAUCAGGGGAAAACGAGCACCUUUUUCCUGAGCCGCUGGAGAGCACGACCCAGCAGCCGGCCUUCAACAAGCUGGACGGUCCGUAUGAGGAGCUCUGGCUGGAUCACCUGAGAGGACAGACGCCUAAACCCUCCUCGAGUGAAGGAAUACGAAGUGUCAACAAUGGCUGUCCCGUCCCAGCUCCGCUGUCCUUUCCGGUCUCUUGUCCUGUCGGUCCCAUAACCAGUUUAGACGUUCCUCUGACUCCUCCACCUGUCCCACCCAAGUCUGAAGCCGUGAAGGAAGAGUGUCGUCUCUUGAACGCCCCCCCAAUCCCCCCGCGUAGCCUGAAGCAGCCUCCUGUGACCGCUCUGUCCAAGCUGCGGCAGCAGGACACCCGCUCCCCAAGUCCAACCCUCUCCUACUAUUCUUCAGGUCUCCACAGCAUAAGUGGGCAGAGUGAAGCUGAGGGGGCGGAGCCACAAGAGCAAAGCCCCGCCUGUUACCCGUGUAACUGGAGUAAAUCCAUGCCGGAGCAGAGCACCACGUCGCCCGUCGGCAGUCUUCCGUCGGACACGCUGUCCUCCCGCCUGUCCUGGCCGAACAACUUCAGCGGAGGAGAGUCCCGCUGCCUGGAGGAGUUUCUCCCCGCUGGAUGCAGAAGUUACUACAGCUACCCCAGGAAGAGAACGCCGAGCACCCCCAAGGUUUGUACAUCCAGCCUGGUGGACUUUCAGCAGCGGCCUUGCUGCAGUGAGGACGCGCGGAAAGGCCCUCUGACUCAGGCGCACGCCAAAUCUUCCAGCUUCAACUCGGAAGAGCACAGAGGCAAACCGAUAGAAGAAUCCAACAGCAAGCAGAGUCUCUCCUGCCCCAUCCUCCCACCAAGGACGCCCAAAUCCAAGUGUACCGACUCCCCGUCAGAGUCCACGUGCGAUACUAAGCUAGACAUCCCGCCAUCUGAAAAAAAUGAGGAGAUCUUCUCCCUCUCAGACUCACCAGUCUCGACCUCCCCUUCCUGUCCCCCCGCCGCGCAAUGGCAGCCUCCUUCCUCCUUGGCCGGCAUUUCUAUCGAGGAGGUGUCCAAGUGUCUGAAGUUCAUCGGCCUCCCGGACGAGGUGGUGUCUCUGUUUGUGUCUGAGAAGAUCGACGGGAACCUGCUCCUGCAGCUCACCGAGGAGAUUUUGUCCGAGGAUUUCAAGCUGAGCAAACUGCAGGUGAAGAAACUCUUGCAGUUCAUCAACGGCUGGAGACCCAAGAUCUAAGGGCACGAGUCUGAACCCUGGCGGGGCGCCGACAGCCUGAAGUAGAUAUGCUAUGCACACCAAGACACUAAGAACUUUUUAGGUUUUUUUUGUUACUCUUUUUCAGGGGGAAGAUAGUUGGAUAAUUUUUUGACAAGUGGAUCUGGCACUUUUAUGAAGACAUUUUGAUGUCAUCUACGAAGUACUUUUUUUUUUUUCAAGCCUUCAAGUGUUUCUGUCAAAGUUAACAAAUGCGCUAAAAUCUGCUGUGAUGCAAAGAACAAACUUUUUUUUUUGUUAAAGUCCCACUCUGAUCAUCUUUUGAUCUGAUUUCAAAGUGUUCCCAGUCCUCUUUUAAUUAGGAUUAUGCCAUUUUUAGUUAAAAUUAAGAAAUCUGCGUCGUUUUCUAUGACCCAUUUUCAGCAGAGCGGCAGGUGUUAAUCUCUGAGUUGCUCUUGGUACAGAGCAACCCCCGACCCCCUUUUCCAUCAGCCAUAAUUUAGAGCUCUCGGUUAACACAACAAUUUGAAAUAAAUAACACUCAAAUUCAAUUUUAAACUUCAUUUUUUAAAUAAAUGUCUUCUAUCAUGAGAGUGGGUCUUUAAAAUCCAGGUCUGACUUGAACUGCAAAUCCCCCAAAAUGUAUCCUUACUUUACCCAGUCUCUGCAACAAACCAUCAACUCUGACAACAGCAAGCUUAUAUACUAAAAGUGCUUUUCUAUAGUAGAGUCCAAAAGCUGGACGUGACAGUAUUUGUUUCUGUGUGGAGCCAGGGAUGCAUAAAACGCUGUUCUGCAAGUCUAGAUUCAUCUUUAUUUUCAAAAGUGUCAGUACAUUUUUUUUUUUUUAAGGGCUUAAACUGAUUUGUACGAGUAACGCUUCACUUUGCACUUGAAAGUCAUGUGAUUUAAGCUCUUAAAAGUGAAUGAUAGAGCUGCCAAACAAUGAACGGAUAUAAGGUGAAAGAAAGGCAGCUUUAGACAAAAGCUUUAUCGACAAACACUCUGCUGACAGCAGUAAAUCUAAAAUAAUGAUUGUUGACUGUAUAGGAGAACUGGACUGAGAGACCCCUCCCCCUUUUAUUUGUCAGAAUAACCAUUCUCACUCUCUUUUCUAAAACUAAUGAUAUUUUUUCUGUAGUUCAAGUUAUAAACUGACCAAUCAGAUGCCUCGACAAUGGUAGUGUCGAACGUUCUAGCCUGCUUUCAAGUGGUAGGGGUGUGGCCUUCCAACAAGCUCACUCUUGAUUGGCAAAGAGUGUUUGCCAUAGAAAGCGUCCAGAACACGUAAAAAUGGCAACUAAAUUGACUUGAUGCCGUUGGAGCCAAAAGUAAGCCAUUUUCUAAGGGUGACGUCACUCUGAGUCACUCCAGUUCUCAUGUACAGUCAAUGGUUGUAACCUGAUAACUCUAUAUGGCGAGACAACGUUGAAGUCUUGCAAUGUUGCAACGUAACUGGUACUUUUUCAGUCCUGAAGGUGAAAAAUUGUUGAUAGACAUAACUUCUUUUUUUUGUCCAGACAGAAGCGAUCUUCUACAAUGUUUGAACUCUAAGAAUGCAUCGUGCACUUUGGCAGACUUCUGUAAAUGAUAAACCUUAAAUGAUCAGUGUGUAAUGAUCAACAGAGUUUUUUUUAUUUUUCUUUGUAGCAUAGUUUACUUUUGAAACCUGUUUAUUUUGUUCAAAAUAACCCAUUUGAACACUACUAAAUUACAAUUUCUUCUUUUUGUCAUGAUGUGCCUUUAAGCGUCCUUACUACACCGGAUGAGAACAUGCAGCAAAAAUGCUGCAUUUGCUGCUAAAUAAAACAAAUGAAAAAACAUGUUCACAGAAGAAGAAGCGAUUAAACACUAAACUUUAAAACCAAUUUCCGCUCCUUGUUGUUACACGCUGUUCCUUCAUCUGAGCUUUGUUUAGAGCAGACCAGCAAAGGUUUCAUUUUUUCGUAGAAAUGCGACGGUACGUUAACCUUUAAGUCUCAGCAGAUGUUCUCCAUCGCAGCGGCUUCCCCAAAGCCCCUAAAAUCAUCAACUCGUCAUGGUAACGGUUUUAAAACGGAUAUGCAAAGAAAAGCAGGUUUUAUUGAUUUAAGCUAAAACUUUUAUUUAUUAACAAAAACAUUUUUUCCUCCUUUCUUUGUGAUGCAGUGAUUUCUUGAUGAACAUAAUGCAGAAUAUGCACAGCUUUUCUCAGAGUACUUUAUCUGUAACUCCGUUCUGGACUGUUCCCUCCACUUUCUUAUGUUUUUAAGGGUUUGUUACAUAUUUUACUUGACAUUUCUAAAAAAAAAAAAAACAAAUGUUUUUGUAUGUAGUUUUUCUUUGAUUACUAAUGUUAAGAUUUAAUUUUUUAAAGUCAAUGAAGCCCUGUGUUUUAUAUCCUGAUUUAUUUAGUACAAAUCUAACAUUUGGAAAUGAUAAAUGAAGGCAUCAAAUACAAAUUACUAAACAAAGAAAUAAUCCUUUGAUAAUGAAUGAUUUCCAGCAAACAUUUUAACACUCCCCCCUUAAAACUGCUGGUAAAUUGUGUUCAAUACCGACUGUUACAAUGAGUCCAGCAGCAUUACCGAGAAACUGAAUGUCAUUUAUUUAAUGUUUUGCAGUUUAAAUUUUUUUGUUUCCCUGUUUUUGAUAAUUAAAAUGGAUUAACCAGU